GUUACAGAUUUCUUACUCAUUCCUUAGUUGAAUUUUGUCUCGGCAUCAUAAUAGUUUUAAAAUUUCAAAAUUUUUUUUUUUUCAUUCGAAACAGAAAUAAAAAUUCUUACUUUUUGGUCUAUUUAGUUGCAAGGAAAUGUCUCGUCAUUUUGGGCCAGGACCAGGCGCUUACAUGCUGCCCAGCCAGUUUGGACCGGGGGCCGGCCGCGGACCUCAAUACUCUUUCGGGCGUAGGACGGAUUAUAAAAAGAACGACGAAGCUGGCCCUGGACCUGGACCUGCCGCCUACAAAGUUGACAAAGUCACACGUUACGGCAGGUCCCAUGGGCUGCAGUUUUCCAUGUUGAAGAGGAGUCCCAUUAAGCCCACUAAAAUAAGAUAUGAUUGAGGUGGAAGAAGACUUCAAAUCAAGCCAAACAAUUAAAGCAAAGCAACCUGUCAA